GAUAAGGAGAUGGAGAAACAGCGACUCCUGUACCAGCAGUCCCGUCUGCACAACCGCGGGGCUGCAGAGAUGGUGCUGCAGAUGAUCAGCGCCUGUAAAGGUGAACCAGGAGUCAUGGUUUCCUCCACACUCAAGCUGGGAAUCUCCAUCCUCAACGGAGGCAACAGCGAUGUUCAGCAGAAAAUGCUGGACUACCUGAAGGACAAGAAGGACGUGGGGUUCUUCCUCAGCGUUCAGGCUCUGAUGCAGACCUGCAGCGUUCUGGACCUGAAUGCGUUUGAAAGGCAGAACAAGGCAGAGGGACUUGGGAUGGUUUCAGAGGAGGGAACCA